AAAGGCAAGACAAACAGAAGAGUUUGUGCUCCCCAAGAUAAUCACAGAUAUCACAGGACAGACAACAGUUUCGUUUGGUGAUGCCGUCAUCUCCUCAAGCGACACAACUUUUGGAACAGAACUGUGCGAAGAAAUGUUCACAUCCAACUCUCCCAGCAUUCAUAUGGGUCUUGAUGGUGUUGAAAUAUUUACAAAUUCAAGUGGAAGCUAUCAUCAGCUAAGGAAAUUGCAAAAGAAAAUUGAUCUGAUUAGAAAUGCAACGAAAAAGGUUCGAAUAUAAAAUCGUGCAGGCUUCUGAUGUUAGAAUCUCUGCUAGUCAAGGAAUUCUGUACCCAUAGUGAAAGAUAGCACCCUGGCUCCUUGGGUUGCCAUCCUUACUAGACCUCUAGGAAGAGCAAAUGAAAUUUAGAACAGAUAGAGCUAUCCAGUAUAGGUUUCCUCCUGUAGCACUGGAUCAAUAAGAGAUGAUCCUUACUGGACCUCUAGGAAGAACAGUUUAGAACUGAUAGAGCUAUCCAGUAUAAAUAAAGUUAGUUUAGAUUAGGUUUCCUCCUGUAGUAACGCUGAAUUAAUAAGAAAUGACUCUUACUGGACUUCUAGGAAGAACAGUUUAGAACUGAUAGAGCUAUCCAGUAUAAAUAAAGUUAGUUUAGUUUAGGUUUCCUCCAGUAGUAACACUGGAUCAAUAAGAGAUGAUCCUUUCUGGACCUCUAGGAAGUGAAGUGUGACUGUUUGCAUUUUUGGAGCGUAAAAUCAUUGUUUCUUUAUUUUUUAUCAGUCAGGUGGCGUAUAUAUGUAUUCAAAUGUGCGAGGCUGUGAUGGUGGUCGCGUAUACUAUGACGGAUGUUCGAUGAUUGCCAUAAAUGGCGAGAUCGUUGCCCAAGGAAAGAAUUUCUCUUUGCAAGAUGUGGAAGUUGUCACUGCUACAGUUGAUCUAAAUGACGUUUCGACAUACCGGGGUAAUCUUCAUUAUUAUUUUGAUUGGAUCUGAACUAAAUUUAUUUAAACUGGAAUACUGGAUAGCUCUAUCAGUUCUAAACUGUUCUUCCUAGAGGUCCAGUAAUGAUCAUCUCUUAUUGAUCCAGUGUUACUACAGGAAGAAACCUGAACUAAACUAACUUUAUUUAAAUUAUACUGGAUAGCUCUAUCAGUUCUAAACUGUUCUUCCUAGAGAUCCAGUAAGGAUCAUCUCUUAUUGAUCCAGUGUUACUACAGGAGGAAACCUAAACUAAACUAACUUUAUUUAUACUGGAUAGCUCUAUCAGUUCUAAACUGUUCUUCCUAGAGGUGCAGUAAGGAUCAUCUCUUAUCGAUCCAGUGUUACUACAGGAGGAACCCGAAACUAAACUAACUUUAUUUAUACUGGAUAGCUCUAUCAGUUCUAAACUGUUCUUCCUAGAGGUCCAGUAAGGAUCAUCUCUUUUCGAUCCAGUGUUACUACAGGAGGAAACCUAAACUUAACCUGGCUAACUUUAUUUAUACUGGAUAGUUUUAUCAGUUCUAAACUAGCUAUUUUUCCUAGAGGUCCAGUAAGAGUCAUCUCUUAUUGAUCCAGUGUUACUACAAGAGGAAACCUAAACUAAACUAACUUUAUUUAUACUGGAUAGUUCUAUCAGUUCUAAACUCUUCUUCCUAGAAGUUCAGUAAGGAUCAUCUCUUAUCGAUCCAAUGUUACUACGGGAGGAAACCUAAACUAAACUAACUUUAUUUAUUUAUUUAUACUGGAUAGUGGUAUCAGUUCUAAACUAUUCUUCCUAGACGUUCAGUAAGGAUCAUCUCUUAUCGAUCCAAUGUUACUACGGGAGGAAACCUAAACUAAACUAACUUUAUUUAUACUGGAUAUUUUUAUCAGGUAGUGCUAAUUGGUUUCAGCAGCUCGGAGCAAAGUCAGACAAGGCAUACUCCAGAAUAUGUUUGGAUCAGUAUUUCUGCAGCGAUAACCCGCUGCUGCCCGCGACUCAGCCUGUGACAUUGGGCGAGAUAACGCCUGAGCAAGAGAUCAGCCUUGGACCCGCGUGUUGGUUGUGGGAUUACCUUAGACGAAGUGGCAUGGCGGGAUUCUUUCUACCUUUAAGCGGAGGUGAGGGAUUGCGUCGCAAAAUUUUACAUUAGGGGCGGAUCUAGCCUCAUCUGCAAGGAGGGGUGCAGGUUUUCCAUGGUGUGGUACAUGAGGGAGCCUUACUGCCCAUUCUCCUCUGCAGUCUGCAACGCUACUAUCCCAACAUUACCAUUAUUUGAGAUGGCCGAAUCUGCAUGUUCGCCGUUUUGUUACGUUUUACAUUAUCUUUUGUUUAUAAAGUUUCUAUCGACUUUUUAUCACGUAUGCGUGACUGGACAGUUGCUGUAGCACAGUACAGUAAAUUUGCUUGUUAAGGUAUAGUAUAUUUGAAAAUAUGGCUGUAUAACAACCUCAACUUAUUUACAUAUUUAACCAUGAUAGUUAACUAAAGCAUUCUGAGUAUUUUCUCGUGAGCUCACAAAUCAAUUUAAAUUGUUUCAAGAAAUCGACAUGGCUGUAUAACAACCUCGACAUGUUUACAAAUUUGACCAUGAUAUUUAGCUAAAGCAUUGACUGAGUAGUUUCUCGUAAUUAAAUCGUUUCAAGAAAUCGACACGCGCUAACAGUACAAGUUCCGCUAACCGCUAUUCGAAAAGUAGAAAAUGUACGGUCAAGCAUUGACCAAAUAGAGUGAACUAAAGUGCUUUUCAAUAUUUUAACCCUAGGAAUUGAUAGUUCGUCCGUGGCUUGUCUCGUUGCGUCAAUGUCUCAUCUCGUCUGCCGAGCUGUCAAGAACGGGGAUAAACAAGUCUUGGAGGAUGCUAGGAGGAUUGUGGGGGAUAGGUAAGGGACUUAGCAUUAAGUGCUGAGCUCAAUUGAGAUAAUGCUCUUUACGAUACGGACCAAAAUUAAGACGCUUUUUUAGAGAAAGCUCUAGGCUAAUACCGGCAUAACGAAAGAUAGUCGUUUCGAACAGCGAAGUGUAUUACCCACAAGUUGUAACAAACCUGCAGCAGACUUGUAGCAAUGCUGUUCCAACAACUUGUCAACAGGAUGUGUUCGCACUGCUUGUUUCCAGCUUGUUGACAAGUUGUCAACGGCUUGUUGGCAACUUGCUACAGGGAUGUUGAGCCAACAGAUUUGUUGCAAGUUGUUGCAACAACUUGUUAUCGUCCUGCAAUUCAACAAUUUGUCAAACAAGUUUUGAGUGACUUGUUGCAACCUGAUGAAAUAACAGCAUUGUUACAACUUGUUGACAAGCUCGCUACAAGCCUGUUGCGAACAUAUCUUAUUGACAAGUUGUGAGAUUUUUAGGUGUGUAGUUCAGACACAAGCCAUGUCAGUGUCCUGAUAAAUAUUCUUUUUCUUAGAGAAUACAUCCCAGUGGAUCCCAAAGAACUGGCUAAUCGUAUUUUUGUCACGUGUUACAUGGGAAGUGAGAAUUCGUCAGAGGACACUCGAUCACGAGCGAAAAAUUUGGCGCAGGAUGUUGGCAGCUAUCAUAUGGGUAAAAUAUAUUUUAUGAAAUAAUAUGCAAGAGGUUUAGGCAUGCUGAACCGCAUUGCUUAUGACAACGACAACAAAGACACCAACGACGGUAACAAAUAACAACGACAGCAACAAUGGCAACAACAACACAAUGACAACGCAGUGACAACAACAGCAAUAAACAGCUACAACAACAACAGACAACGACAACAACAACGACGAUGGCAAAAAAUCACAAUAACAGCAACAACAACAAAUUAUGCAAACAAUUACAUCAACAACAACAAACAACUACAGCAACAACUACAGCAGCAACUACAGCAGCAACAACAACAACAACAAACAACUACAGCAACAACUACAGCAGCAACUACAGCAGCAAACAACUACAGCAACAACUACAACAACAACAACAACUACAGCAGCAACAACAACAACAACAACAACAACAAAUAACUGCAACAACAACAUCGAUUGGCAACAACAACAUAACUGCAACAACAACAUCGAUUGGCAACAACAACAACAACAACAACAACAACAACAACAACAACAACAACAACAACAACAACAAACAAGAACGACAACAAGAAACACAACAAACAACUACAACAGCAACAACAACAACAACUACAGCAGCAACAACUACAACUACAGCAGCAACAACAACAACAACAACAACAACAAACAACUACUACAACAACAACAACAACAACAACAACAACAACAACAACAACAACAACAACAACAACAACAACAACAACAACAACAACAACAACAACAAACAACAACACAAUAACAACAACAGCAGCAACAAACAAGAACGGCAACAAGAACAACAACAAACAACUACAGCAACAACAACAACAACAACAACAACAACACAAUGACAAUACCAAUAAACACUACAACAACAUUGACAACAUCGAUGGCAAGAACAACAACGCAAUAACAACGACAACAGAAACAAACAAAAACAAGAACAACAACCACAAACAACUACUACAACAGCAACAACAACAGACAACGACAACAACAACAACGACAGCAACAGCAACAGCAACAACAACAACAAGUAACUACAACAACAGUCGACAAGAUACUUUUGGGAUUUUAGCUUACAACACCAGAAAGCUAAUAUUAAUUUUUCGUUCUUUUUGUGUUCUUAUUUAGAUAUCAAAAUCGACACUAUAGUGUGUGCAUUUCUUGCUGUCUUCACGGCAAUCACAGGCAAGCGGCCUCAGUUUAAAGCCAACGGUGGGACAGACAGGGAAAACCUCGCUUUGCAGAAUAUCCAAGCUCGCAUCAGGAUGGUCUUAGCUUAUCUUUUCGCUCAUCUUAUUAUGUGGUGUCGAGGAAGAAAUGUCGGUCUCUUGGUGCUUGGCUCGGCUAACACUGAUGAAAGGUAAACACAUAAAAAUCAUUUGUAGAAUCAUACCGACACCCUACCGACGUAAACUAAAAAACAAAUUUCGAAAAGACAAGACAUCUUGAGAAUACAAUAUAUGAAUCAAAACAAGACGCAGGUUGAGACUGUAAAUUUUCGACUUUAUUUCAAAGUCAUCUUCAGACAGAAUGAAAUACAAUCGAAACAAGAUAAUUAAUAAAGAAAUGAGUAAACUCUGAAACUGGAUUAUUUAGCUAUAUUUACAACAAUGUUUUACACCAUAUCCUAUAAGGAUUAAGGUAGAAAGGAAUGACCCGACAAGUAGAAGAAAAUUAAGUUGGAGUGUUAUGUGAACAGUUGUAGUUCUUUACUAGCUUUAAGUCCAGUGUUAAGGAAAGGUUUCUUGUCUUUGAUCAGCAGUGCUUCAAGAAAAGAAAGAAUGUUGUAGUUGGUAGAUUUAGUAAUGUGAAGUAUUUUGUAGUUAUUGAAAAUAAGGUCUUCAAUAGAAAUUUCAAUAGGUCUCAGAAAGCUAAGAAAGAUCGUUGAGUAAUGGUCUUGCAAAGUAGCUACCGACGUAUUGUCGGCGUGAUCUAUAGUUUUAUUGCAGAAUUAAUGUAAACAUUAAGUACUAAUUAAACUGUUCUAUUUGAUUAUCUCUUUCAGCUUGCGAGGUUACAUGACAAAAUAUGACUGUUCUAGCGCUGAUAUUAAUCCCAUUGGUGGUAUUAGCAAGAAAGAUCUGAAGUCAUUCGUGUUUUAUUGUGUGGAGAAGUUUAACUUUAGUUCACUGAUCACCAUCAUGGGCGCAAGACCAACUGCGGAACUUGAGCCGUUGAGAAAUGGAGUCGCACAACAAACAGAUGAGGUAAUUUUAUAUAUACUGGAUAGCUCUAUCAGUUCUAAACUGUUCUUUAUAGAUGUCCAGUAAGGAUCAUCUCCUAUUGGUCCAGUAUUACUACAGGAGGAAACCUAAACUAAACUAACUUUAUUUAUACUGGAUAGUUCUAUCAGUUCUAAACUGUUCUUUAUAGAUGUCCAGUAAGGAUCAUCUCCUAUUGAUCCAGUGUUACUACAAGAGGAAACCUAAACUAAACUAACUUUAUUUAUACUGGAUAGCUCUAUCAGUUCUAAACUGUUCUUCCUGGAGGUCCAGUAAGGAUCAUCUCUUAUUGAUCCAGUGUUACUACAGAAGGAAACCUAGACUAAACUAACUUUAUUUAUACUGGUUAGCUCUAUCAGUUCCAAACUGUUCUUCCUGGAGGUCCAGUAAGAAUCAUCUCUUAUUGAUCCAGUGUUACUACAGGAGGAAACCUAGACUAAACUAACUUUAUUUAUACUGGAUAGCUCUAUCAGUUCUAAACUGUUCUCCCUGGAGGUUCAGUAAGGAUCAUUCCUUAUUGACCCAGUGUUACUACAGUAGGAAACCUAAACUAAAUUAAACUAACUUUAAUUAUUUAUACCGGAUAGCUCUAUCAGAUCUUAACUGUUCUCCCUAGAGGUCCAGUAAGGAUCAUCUCUUAUUGAUCCAGUGUUACUACAGGAGGAAACCUAAGCUAAACUAACUUUAUUUAAACUGUUGUACCUAGAGGCCCAGUAAGUAAAGAUCAUCUCUUAUUAAUCCAGUGUUACUACAGGAAGAAACCUAAACUAAACUAACUUUAUUUAUACCGGAUGGCUCUAUCAGUUCCAAACUGUUCUUCCUAAAGGUCCAAUAGGGAUCAUCCCUUAAUGAUUCAGUGUUACUACAGGAGGAAGCCUAAACUAAACUAAACUAACUUUAUUUAUACUGGAUAGCUCUAUCAGUUCUAAACUGUUCUUCCUAGAGGCCUAGUAAGUAAAGAUCAUUUCUUAUUAAUCCAGUGUUACUACAGGAAGAAACCUAAACUAAACUAAACUAACAUACAUUACGUUCUUGUCGAAUGGAAACUAAAACUAGGGCCAAUGCAAUGAUGUUGAAAAGCAAUAUCAACGCAACUGGAACAACAAAGAAUAUCGCCAGCGCCCAAGGAUUUGUUAUCCAGCAGUACUGAGCAUUCCCUGUUUGAAAAGAUAAAA